CAGCGUCCUUCAUGCCCCUUGCUCCACUUGCGUCAGUCUCUGCCACCACCGAUGCCACUACAGAGGAGCCUGUAGAGCAACUGGCUGUAGAUGACCAUAACAUACCUGGGAUGGACCGUGUGGACAGCCUUGCUGAGUACCUAGUGGGUCUUCGCAGUGAAACAAGUCUGAUAAUAACCAACCAACAGGCUAGUACCAUUAUAGGCCUUUGGCAAAAUUUGCUACCAUAUGACCAGCAGCGUGUAGCUUUUGCUGCUCGUUAUCAGGACCGGCUCACCACAGGCAGGUUCAGGUCACCAAAGAAAAAAAGAGAGUUUACCCCUGGUGUGGAGAGCCUAAAACGCUGCAUUCUGAGCUCCUCUGGUUCUCCUGCCCAGUGGCCAGACUGUUGCCGUCUGUUGGAAGCCAUUUUUGUCAAGCUCUGUGGAAUACACAGGAGCCCAAAAAAACAAGGGCAGGUGACUUUGUCAAGGUGGGCUUUGAUUCUAAAAGACUACAGCAAAAUCCGACAGCUUAUCCUGGGUAAUGGUGCUGUUAUGCAAAGCACCACUCUUCAGCUAGUGGAAGUCAACUCAACCACCCUGAACCAAUGGUACAACAAACGAGUCAAGAAACAGGAUGUUCAGUUAGUGCUGCAAGGGAUAAACCUGCCAUCUUCUGUCCCUGUUGCCACUGAGCCUCUUCAGCCUGCAAAUCUUCGCCCUGCUGUUGCUCCUCCACCACCAGGUGUUCAACAUGUGUACCACUUGCCACAAAGCACAGUAGGGCAGGCAAAGUGUAAAAAACGAGCUGCAUCAACAGAUGACCACUUCUUACCACCUUCUGCACGUCAGAAGAUGUGUGCUCAGAGGAAACUUUUUCCAAAGCCUUCAACUGUCCCGUCUUCUCAAACAUUUUCUCUGCAAACCACUACAACUUUAAGUCAGCCAGCAGUGAUAUUUAAGCCUUCCCCUCCUUUGUCUUCCAUUUUUACCAUACCUGUAUCCUUCCCUGUCUCGUCUGUGAGUACUGUUGCCCAGACAACAGCUACAACAGCUUCAUCGGUUGCACCAACCCCAUCCAUGUGUACUACAAAGAAAUCCACAUCCAAGGCCAGGUUUAAUAAAAGGAGAGUGGAGGCAAACUCCUGUCGCAAGUGUGGGCAGUUCAGAACUGAGACAACAGGGCACAGUCAGUAUAAAGGGAAAAUAUAUUGCCCUAAUACAGAGACAAUGUCUCGGGAAAAGUGGCUUGAGGAGACAAAAAAGAGAAAAGCUGACCAUACCUAAACACUGUACAUUUAACUGUAU